UUUGAGAACCGCUGGUAGCCUAUAUAUAGUUGUGUGACGUUCACGUGCGAUGUGAGGUGAUAUGUUAUACCUUAUUAGAGGCGUUUGAGAAGUUUUUAGACAGGUGUCAAGGACUCAAAUCUCCAAACAAUGUCCAGGCGUUGCGGGCGGGGUGUCAGUUGGCGCUGAAUGGCGCUGAAUUAAAGGGGCGCUCUGAAGCGCGCGGAGUCCAGGCACGCGUCGCUACACAAGUGCUUGACGACAACGGCCGCGGUCUGACGUCACCGCAGCUAUGACCACAAAAAAUGAGUUCACGCGCUCACUGUCAAUAUCGCUUCAUCACCAUGCAGAACUGCUUCUACGCACAUUUGCCUUAUCUUAUGCAGGAUGACGCAGCAACCGCUGUCAACCAAUCAUCUACUGUAAAUCUAUUGGACUUUAACACAGAGGAAUGUCAAUCUACAAACACACAUUUACUUACAUUUACUAUUCCGGACCACAGAGACUUGGAUACGUCUCUAGAGCUGAACAGACAGCUUCACGCUACACUCAGGAGAAAGCAGGAGGAAAUCUCGGCCCUGAAGGAUGCGAACGCCCAGCUGAGAAAGCUAGCUAAACAGGCUGAGCAUAACUCUACGAUAUUAGAUGUCUUAACAACUUCAUAUCAGAAAAAAUCAGUUUCACACCCCACCCAUGUGACUACGCUGUCACCGAAAACGCAUGCUGAGACAACAGAGGGUCAUUCUACUGGAUCACAACAUUCAUGGAUCUCUCUGCUGACACAGGAUGAGCAAUCUGACCCAUCUUACACAGCUUCAACUACCUCCACCAGCACUGACACAUUAACCCCAUCAUCAGGAGUCAAGCGGCAGCUAUGGUCCAGCUGGAGUGACCUUCUCUGUGAAGACGCUGGGAAUGUGAACUGCAGAGAUGAUCCUAAGGACACUAGCUUGGACUAUCAGUCAGGCUCCAAGCGGCCAAGGCUCGAUGAUGAACUCGUACAGUUAGACUUGGAGCAUCUUGAGGCUCAGCUGGACCAAAAUGAAUGGACUCCUCAACCGCCAGGAGAAGAUUCAGCUCUGACCUCAAAUCUUGAGGUUUCUCCUAAAGAGCUGAUCACAGAGAGGGUGAACAUAUUUGGGGCUUUCCGUGGGCUUCAGGUGGUUACAGAAACCCCCUUCCUUAAAUCUGAUGUUGGUGAGAAAAAAAGUGCAUCUUUUAGGAUCUCAAUCAGAGACCACAGUACCGUAAAGACCAAGGUUUUUCCUCACGGAAAGGCCUUCACCUCGCACACACCAAGUGGUUCUUGUAGGUUCCUUUGGGUUCCUAAUGAUGAUUGAACAGUACCCUUACGAAAAUUAACCAUGGUUUUACUACAGUUAAAAAAAAACAUGGUUACUGUAGUAAAAUCAUGGUAACCACGAAAUAACCAUGGUUUUGACAUUGUUUUGACUUUUACAACAAUAAAACCAUUUUCGUAAAGAUAAGGGCGUUUCACAUUUUGCAUCUAAAUGUAUGCAUUUUCCACGUGGAAAACGUGACCGUGCGACUUUCCACAUUCUUUCCAAUGCGUUUGGUUGCGCGCUAUUAGCGUACAUUCACAUCGGGCGAAAAUGUUAAUGCUUGACGGAAGGCUUGUCUGAAGCGUGGCCAACAGCCAAUCACAGUGGCCGCAACACAUGCUCCGGUCUUCCAUAAACGUAAUUGGCUGGCUCUGACUAGGUUAUUUGCAUAAGGCGAUCUGAUUGGCCGACGCACGCGUUGCCGCUUAAAAAGUUGAAAAUGUUCAACUUCUGCCACGAGCAACAACAUUGCCGCAGCGCCAACGGAUCCACAAUUCAGUUCGGCAACGCAUGACGUCACCCAUUGAAAGUGAAUGGGAAGCGUUAGCACUUACGCCCCGUGUGAAUGUGUCGUUGCUAAGCAGGGUUGAGCCGCACUCCCCAUAGAUUCAGUAACGGUACAUUCACACGGCGCGUAAGUGUUAACGCUUAACGGAAGGCUUGUCUGAAGCGUGCCCAACAGCCAAUCACAGUGGCCGCUACACAUGCUCCGGUCUUCCAUAAACGUAAUUGGCUGGCUCUUCCUAGGUUAUUUGCAUGAGGCAAUCUGAUUGGCUGACGCACGCAUUGCCGCUUGAAAAGUUGAGAAAUGUUCAACUUCUGCAACGACACUGACGUGGCGCCGGGGGAUCCACAAUUCAGUUCGGCAACGCAUGACGUCACCCAUUAAAAGUGAAUGGGAAGCGUUAACACUUACGCCCCGUGUGAAUGCACCGUAAGGAGUCUCCAUGCAUUGUUUCGUCUAUUUGUGUCAAAAUUGACCGUUUGUUCGUUCUGUGUUUUCCUGUACAAUUAUGAUCAGCCGUUCCACCAUCUUGAGUUAAUAAGAAACGAUCCAAUUAUUACAGUCCAGUGCUGAUACGUAAAGGGUGAAGGUGAUUGGUUAUUUUUUGUCACAUGACCUGCGGUGCGGAUGCUGCAUUCUGAAAAGACGUUGAAAUAUUUUAAACUCGCUGCGGCGCCGAUGCGCCUUGAAAAAGAAACAUGUCUGUAUUAUUUUAAUAUAUUUAUUAAUAUUAUUUUUAUUAUUUUUGCUUGCAAAAGAUGUAAAAUGUUAACCUGGUCUUUCAGGCAGAUAAUUUGUUUAACAAUGCAUACUUUAUAGUGACUCAUGAACACAGAGAAGAACAAAAUGACACCUCACAGGACACCAGGAUCAAAUAAUAUAUACAUUUAUUAAGCAAUAUAUCCACUGGUGCAUGACUGUGUAAUGACACUAUAAAUAAAUUACAUUUUGUAGUCUUUGUAAAGCCGAUGUGUGUAAUCUCUGUGCCACUAGCAGAACCAAAUUGCAAAAAAUUCCCUAUUUGUCAUUAGUUGAUGAAGAGGAUGAACCCAGUUGGGCUGCACAGCAAUUCAGAAAUUACACACCUUUACCUUUCUAAAUAUAUAUAUAUAUAUGUGCCAAUGUCAAACUGUAUAUAAAAAGACAAAGAUUUGCAUAGAGUUGUUUUUGUGAAACAAUUUUUUUAUCAAGGGUUAUUAUGCACACCCCUUCAUACCAUAUAUUGUAUAUUGUGAACGUGCGAUGUGAGGAAGCUGGCUGCACCAUGACCCAGUGCCCUCUCAAUUAUGAAAUCUGAGCUGCAGACAGGUAAAAAUAUAUAUGUAUAUUAAAAUGCA